AUGCCCACAGAAAACGCGGAAAACGGCCCGGUUAAGAUUAGCACAAGCAGCUUUACGGUACGGUCGCCUGAUGCCUUUACGUUUAGCAAUCCCGGAGAGUGGCCAAGAUGGCUCCGGCGAUUCGAAAGAUUCCGAAUCGCGUCGAAAUUGGAUAAAUCUUCAGAGGAUGAACAAAUCAACACGCUGGUCUACCUGAUGGGAGAUCAGGCAGACAAUAUAUUUCUGUCAUUUACUUUGUCAGCCCAAGAUAAAAGGCUGUACGCUAAAGUGGUGAACGCUUUCACAAACCAUUUUGUGCUUAAGACAAAUGUUAUAUAUGAGAGGGCGAAAUUUAACCUUCGCAACCAACUUGAAGGUGAACUCAUCGAAGAUUUUAUAACGGACUUAUAUCUAUUGUCUGAAAAUUGCAACUAUGGUACACUCAGGGAAGAGAUGAUCCGCGACAAAAUUGUGGUUGGCGUGCGGGAUCGAAAGCUGUCGGAGAAACUACAAUUGGUGACCGAUUUGACCUUAGAAAAAGCAGUCGCGGAGGUGAGACAGCACCAGGCUGUUAGAAAACAACAAAUUGAGCUGACUUCUUCUAUACACAAACUCACCACGGCAUCGUCGGUCAGCAACUACAAAAGUGUUAAACAAAGAAAUAGCACCGAAAACAAAAAACAAUCGCAAAGCAAUAACAGGUGCAUGUGGUGUGGCUCUCACACAGUGCAUGUGAAACAAAUUAAUUGCCCAGCAAAAGGGAAGAAAUGCAAUAAAUGCAACAAGUUUAAUCACUUCGCAAGUGUUUGCUUAGCAAAGGACAGGAAAUCAAAUGUAAAUCAAAUGCAUACCGUGGACGCGAAUUUUUUAGGAAUGCUGUCGAUAAACAACGUUGACAGUUACACGUCAUGGAACGUGAACGUACUAAUAAACAAAGUUGAAAUGAAUUUUAUGGUCGACACGGGGUCGCCCGUCGACGUGAUAUCACACGAAAUAUUCAAGAACAAGUUCCGUAAUACAAAACUAAACAGAGCAAAUAGAAUAAUUACGGGUCCGGACGGUCGAAAAUUAAACGUCGUCGGAAAAUUUGAGGCUAACCUCAAAUUUAAUGGUACCGAAAUAACAAAUGAGGUAUAUGUUAUUGACGGGUUGAGGAAACCGCUACUAAGCUUGAGCUCUAGCGCCAAAUUGCGGUUAAUAUCAAAAAGUGAGCUACACAAUACAAAUAUUAAAACAAACGACUUAAAACGCUCUAGUGUAGACAUUCACAAGGAAUAUCCAAUGCUUUUUAAUGGACUGGGGUGUUUUAAGAAAUUUGAAUGCGAGAUUAAGAUUAAACGCGACGCGAAACCAUUUCAAGUUUUCACAGCUAGACGCGUUCCAAUUGCGCUAAAAGAAACCCUAAGAAAGAAACUUGAUGAAAUGGUCAAAUUAAAUGUAAUAAAAAAGGUGGACGAACCUACUCCUUGGUGUGCUCCGCUCGUAAUUGUUCCCAAGAACAACGGGGAGAUUAGGUUAUGUGUUGAUCUAACGAAGCUAAACUCUGCUCUGGAGCGGGAAAUCCAUCCGAUGCCAGUAGCUGAUCACACACUGGCGCAGCUCUCAGGAGCGAAACUUUUUUCGAAAUUAGAUGCCAACUCUGGAUUUUGGCAAAUCAAGCUUAAUGAGAAAUCACAGCCUUUAACAACAUUUUUAACGCCUUUUGGAAGAUAUUGGUUUUUGAGAUUACCAUUUGGCAUUUCGUCUGCACCUGAAAUAUACCAGAAGCGAAUGCAAAUAAUUCUGCAAGACAUCACGGGCGUUGUAUGCCAAAUGGACGACAUUUUGGUAUUCGGUGCAAAGGCAAGGAGUCACGACGAGGCCUUACGCCAAGUUCUUAACAGACUGAAGGAAAAUGGCGCCACGCUCAACAAAGAUAAAUGCGAGAUUGGAAUAACCUCCCUAAAGUUUCUGGGUCACUACAUCGACGCAGAGGGAAUUCGUCCAGGGGAUUCAAAAUUGAAAGCAAUCGAGGAUUACCCAACGCCAACGAACAUCACAGAGCUUAAACGGUUUCUCGGUAUGGUGAAUUAUCUUGGAAAAUUUAUCCCGUUUCUUUCAGAUCUGAGUCAGCCUUUGAACGAACUACUGCGUGGCAAUAUUGCAUAUCAGUGGGAUACGCCGCAGGAAACGUCAUUUAACAAGCUUAAGGAAAUGCUGAUCAAGGCUCCUGUCCUGAAAUUAUACGACCCAAGGCACAAAACUAUACUUUCAUCAGAUGCCUCGUCAUAUGGGCUCGGUUCAGUUUUACUACAGGUAGACGAAAACGAAACACUUCGGCCUGUAGCAUACGCAUCCAGAACGCUUUCUCAAGCAGAAAGAGGCUAUGCGCAAAUUGAAAAAGAAGCGCUGGCGAUUACUUGGGCGGCUUGUGAGAAGUUCCCAGAACUGCUUACUGGGAUAGACUUUUUCAUUGAAACAGAUCACAAACCGCUAAUCGCCAUUUUCACAACAAAAAAUUUAGAUGAGCUUACACCGCGCUUACAAAGGUUUCGCAUGCGAAUGAUGCGCUACGUUUACGAUAUCUACUACACCGCGGGCAAGUAUUUAGCCGCAGCCGACGCACUAUCGCGUCACCCUUUGGACACGCAGGAAGACGAAAACAGCAUAGAAGAAGACCUUCGUACAUUUGUCAACAGUAUAACAAGCGCUCUACCAGUUACACAUUCCAAAUUAGACAGCAUCAGAAAAUCUCAAAGUCGAGAUGGUAUAUUAACUAAAGUAGCCAGCUAUUGCCUAAGCGGUUGGCCAGAUAGGUAUAAAAUCGAGCCUGAAGUUCGCCCGUACUAUCACGACCGGUACAACUUGUCGGUGAAUGACGAAAUAUUAAUGCACAGCUGCAGUAUUGUGAUCCCUGUCGAACUCCGUCGCGAAAUCCUGGAGCGAAUACACGCUGGCCACAUGGGAGUAGUUAAAUGCAAAGCCAGAGCAAAGGAAUGUGUGUGGUGGCCAGGAUACACCAAAGAUAUUGAAGACUACGUGAAAAAGUGCUCAAUAUGUAUCCAAAACGUAACCCCUCGACGGGAAAGCUGCAUCUCUACCGAGACACCAGAGCGGCCUUGGCAAGUUGUGGGAAUAGACCUGUUCUACCACAAUUCCUCGUGUUAUUUGAUUGCGAGCGACUACUUUUCGAGAUAUCCCGAAAUAGCUCGAUUGGAGAACCAAACCACAAACUGUGUUAUUAAUCACAUUAAAUCUAUUUUUUGCAGACACGGCGUGCCGGAAGUAGUGAGGUCUGAUAAUGGAUCGCAGUUUCAAAGAUUAAACCACUCUGCCUUUGCAAUGUUUGCUAAGCAAUGGGGAUUCCAGCACAUUACUUCAUCUCCGCGAUACCCUCAAAGCAAUGGGUUUAUCGAAUCCAUGGUGAAAACAGUUAAAUCUCUCUUGAAGAAAAAUGAAGAUCCAUAUUUGGCGUUGAUGGAGUAUAGAUCGACCCCGUUAGCCAAUGGCCUAUCGCCAUCGGAAAUGGUGAUGGGCAGGAAGAUUCGUACCACCUUAAUAACUACUGACCAACAACUUCUCCCAAAAUUUGAACUUACGUCAGCGAUUUUAAAAGAUAAAACACUUAAAACGAAACAAGCAGAAAACUACAAUCGAAGACAUGGCGUAAUCCGGCGUGAGUCCUUUAAGGAAGGCGACGUAGUUUGGGUGCGCGAUUUAGGCGUAUGGGGGAAAAUAUUAAAACGUGGGGAAACACCACGGUCCUACAUAGUAUUCACUGAUCGUGGUAAUUUUCGACGUACCUCGUUUCACCUCGUUGCUGCUGGGUGCAAAGAUUUGCCCUAUGUACCUGGCGAAAUAGGCGAGAUGACAACAAAAGUUUCCACUACCCCACCGACUUCCUCAGAGGCCCCACAAACAGACAUCGACACAAUAGUAAAAGCUGCAACUACUAACCCGGAAGCAGAUAUUCCCCGAUAUGUAACAACGACAAGAUCUGGACGGGUGAUAAAACAACCAGAAAGGUUUACAUCGUAA